AUCCGGGAGGAAGGUGGUUUGAGUUUUUAUUUUUUUCAUGGAUUUGGGUGUCUGGAGAAAAGAUCUGGACAAGGUCUAGAUGGGUUUUUGAAAUUUUUAGGAUGGGUUUGUUGUGGUUGUCUUUUGUUGGGAUCGGGUCAUACAGCUUUAACGUUGUUGUUGUUAUUAGUUUAUGAAGUUAGGGUUUCAGAGUAUUCUUUCUCUUCACUGUUUGGACUUUUAACGUCUUUUGUUUUUUGGGUUGGAAAUGAUAUUUUGUUGUUGUUUUUGUUUUUGGGUGUCUAUAGAUUUUCUGGUUUUGCAGUUCAGAACUGUAGUGAAAUUGCACUAGUGCAGGAGAGAGAGAGAGAGAGAGAGAGAGAGUAAUUUUAUGUACUGGGAGUAAAAUUAAUAUUACACUCCGGGGAGAGAGAGAGAGAGAGAUUUUACUGCUGGAGUUUUGAUCAUAUCAUGGGAAGUUAUUUCCUUCAAAUGGCUGCUGUUGAUCUGGAUAGAGUUGAUGGGUUUUGGAGCUCUUGAGUGGUAAAGCUGACAGCCUUCAGUCCAAGGAAGAAAUGAAUCUUCACAGUCACUGCUCUCACGGCAGCAAAUUCCAUUAAGGCUUUUCAGAGGGCUUCAGAAGAACCCGAUCCAUGUCUGAGAGAUUUGAAGGAGGAUGUUUGAGCCCAACCACAGGAUUAGAGAAUCCAAUGCUUGGGAUGAACAGCAGCUUUAGACCCGAAUCUCACGUUGCACAGCAAAGCCGCCGUGAUAAGCUCAGAGUCCAGCACAACUCCAAUUCCUCCCACCCAAUACAAGAUUUCCAAACCAAUCUCCUCCAUUUACCAGGCGGCGAUACAGUUGGAAACCCGGAUCCGAUCCAGAUCCGUACCGUGAGAAACUGUGAUCUACUGUAUGAUCCGGCCACAGCAAUGUUCUCCUCAGAAAUGCUCAACUUCUCAUCAGGCGCCCAUGUUUUGUUAGCUCAGAAAGGCGAGGCUGCCGAUGAUCGGCGCAGCGGCCCACCGCACCCCGAUGAUGGUCAUUCGGCAUUUGCAGCUCAUUCUUCUUCAGCCCCAGGCUGGAAAGGGCUAGGAUCAUCUCAGCCACAUGGCUGUGAUUGGAUCAUGAAUUAUGUGAGUGGGCCAGGCAGCAAUGCUUGCAAUCAGAGCCCUUUGUUUGUUGGGAGCAUCCUGUCCAGUACUAGUACUAUCAAGGAAGGCAAUAUCUCACCUCCCUAUUUGAAACCUCCUGCCUACACUCAUUUCCACGAUUUCCAGCCUUGUAUGAAUAGCCCAUCUACUGCUGCUGAUCUUUCAAGUCAGGAUAAUGGUCAGAAGCAUUAUGGGGAACUGCACUGCAAUCCCACAUCGUUUUACCAAAAUACCCUUCAGGAAGUUGUGCCUUCUUCCUCCUCCUCCAUGGGUACCCAAGCAUUUGAAAUGGCUGCCCAUGGAUCGUGGGUAGAUGCUGGGAAUGAGCUGCUGCUUCUUCCAAGCUUUGGAAAUCAAGCUGCACCUUUACGGCUCAGUAAUGCUGCUGCAGCUGCUUGGAUGAAUAGGCCCGCCACCGCCACUGCAGCCGAGGGCAGUCAUCAAUGGAAUAUGGAAGAUGGUUUUGUGGCAAAUAAGCGGGAAGGGGGAUUUGGAACUGUUGGGAAUGAUAAUACAGCACAAGGACAGGGACUCUCUCUAUCUCUCUCUUCACGACCGGCUUCCGAACUACAAGUAGCCCAGUUGGAAGAUGUUCCUUCAAGAACCACCGGCAAUUUCCAUGGAACUCAAGAUUUGAAAACCAAUAGCCUUGGUGGGCAUUACUGUUCAUAUUCAAAACCUUUGAUUGGGGGGAGUAGAAGCUGUGGAAGUUCAAUUCAAACUGUUGUCGGAUCAUCUGUUAUGGAUGCCCGUCGUGGGGUUGGCCCUCUUGGGCCAUUUACUGGGUAUGAAACGAUACUGAAGAGUUCCAAGUUCUUGAAACCGGCUCAGCAGCUGUUGGAUGAAUUCUGCAACAUGACAGCCCUGAAAUCUACUCCAAAGACGAGUGAAGCGUCGGAGAGGGGUUCUAGGGAUGCAAGCAUGUCGUGUGAUACAACGGCGAAUGCUGAAAAUGAAGCAGGCGGGAGGGGCGGGAAUUCGGGUGUUUCCACAUGUUCGCUUUACAGCUCGACGGAAGGCUGUGGGGAUGGCGGCAGUGGUGGUGGUGGUGAUGGUGGGAGUGAAGCUUGUCGAGCUUACCGACCUGAGUUUCAGAGAAAGAAGGCCAAGCUCUUGUACAUGCAGGAGGAGGUUUGUAGACGAUACAAACAAUACCACCAACAAAUGCAAAUGGUGGUCUCAUCAUUCGAGACAGUGGCGGGCCUCAGUGCUGCAACACCCUAUGCCUCCUUGGCUUUGAAGGCUGUUUCAAAGCACUUCCGGUGCCUGAAGAACUCCAUUUCGGAUCAGCUAAGGAACAUCAGCAAGGCAUUAGGAGAGGAUUUCAUGUCAGCCAGCACGAGUAAGGGAGAUUCCAUGCCCAGGUUGAGAUUCAUCGAACAAGGUUUACGGAAGGUCAAGGCAGGAGAAAAUCUUGGUUUCUUGGAUCAUCAACCACAUGUAUGGAGGCCACAGAGAGGCCUCCCUGAACGUUCAGUUGCUGUUCUAAGAGCCUGGUUGUUUGAGCAUUUCCUUCACCCGUAUCCGACUGACACAGACAAACAUAUGCUAGCGACGCAAACGGGUCUGUCCCGCAAUCAGGUAUCGAACUGGUUCAUCAACGCACGUGUGCGUGUGUGGAAGCCAAUGGUCGAAGAGAUACACAUGCUCGAGACCAAAGGAUCGCAAGAGGUGGACAUCAAUUACAUUAGGAGAGAUGGAAAGCUUGCUUCUGAAAAUGUGGAAAGGCCUAUCGAUAAUCAACUGCACAGCAAACUCACAAUCGAUGCAUUGUCCAACAAGCAAUCUGAUCAGUCGGUAGUCGGGGCCGAAUUCAACAUUGCUGACCCACGGAAUUCAGAGCAGUGGCACCGGGAGAAGCGGUCACGAAUGGGCGAGUGUCAGGUGCCCACAGGUGUAGAUGGGGGGUUAAUGGGCUUCAUGCCUUACCAAGGUGGGAUUGAGAUUGGUGGACUAGGAGCAGUGUCACUGACUUUAGGGCUUCGGCACAGUACUGAAAGCAUACACCAACAACAGCAUCAGCAGCAGCAGCAGCAGCUGAGGCAUUUUGGAGGUCAUAGUGUUCAUGAUUUCGUGGGUUGAUGUGAAAAGAAGAGAAGGUGAAGUGCAUGACAAUUCAUGAAAGAGACUGGCAAGGUGAUCUGCGCCACACAGAUGAGUGCAAUCUGGUCCAUUCCUUGGGCGUGGGCCAGUCUCAUUCAGAAGUUCUGCCACUCCCCUCAUCAGGUUGGCCACGUAUAUGAGAAAUGUAGACAGGAAAGAAAAAAAAAAAAAACACAAUAGACUGCAUGCAGCGUGCACCUGAUGAAUAGCCUACUACAAACUUUCUUUUCAAUCUCUCUUUGAGUUAAUUGCCUCAGCAUUCCUCUGCAUGGAGAGGGAAAGGCACGGCAAAUGAUAAAGGCAAUGUUUCAAAUAUCAUUUGAAUGAAUUGUCUUGCUGUA